AUGUCAGAAUCUGUGUUUGUGGGUCUGUGUAGAACAGUUGGGUCUUCAUCCAUUGUCGCUAUAAGGCGAGAUAUGAUGGACAUUGCUGAGAAGUUUUAUGAUCAAACCGAAAUGAACGAGAUUUAUGUUUGUAUAGAUAGUGGUAGUUACAGAGAAGGUUUCAGAUUGGAGGGAUCGGAUAGGGACAUCAUAGCCUGGUCCAAGCAACAGAGUGUGAUCUGGGAUUUAUCUCAAGCGCAGUACUGCCAAUCAAUUAAAUCAACACAUAUUUUUGCUGACUGUUCUGAAAGUUCACCUGGAUUUGCUUUACUUCAAUUGUUAACACCAACAACUGAUGAAACUGUCCGUAGAAGCUGUUUUAGAAUGAAUGGCAAACUCUAUAUAUCAAGUUCUGUCCACAGACAGACGAAAUGUUCAGCAGUUGGAAUUGAAUCUAAAAUACACGGACCAUGUGUAAGUGGUCAUUGCGGACAGGUAGAAUAUGACGCUGCUCAUGGUUUUGUAAGCGAUAUUUGGCCUCCACCUGCAUCUUCAUGGAUAGAGCGGUGUCAAAUUUGGCCUUCAUAUCACAUUGUAAAUGAAAUUAUAGAAGGUGGUUGUCACUUUGUUGCAAUAGGAAAUAAAAUGGGAAAUCAUGAGGACAGCGAGUGGAGAAUUUCAUUCUCUUUGGCCGAACAAAAACUUGUAUAUUCGAUGAAUCACUACCAUUUCUUGAUUUAUGGUUUGCUGAAAAUUUUCCUUAAGGAGGUCAUCAAUAACACCCCAGAUGAAGACAAUUUGUUGUGUUCUUAUCAUAUGAAGACAGCCGUGUUUUGGGCAAUUCAGAGCGACACCUUGACUAGUUUGUGUCCACAAAACAUUCUUGAGGGUUUCUGGGUGUGUUUUAAACUAAUCCUAAAAUGGGUGUAUAAGGGUUACUGUCCUAACUUCUUCAUUCCAGAAAAUAACAUGUAUCUUGCUAAAAUUUUUGGUACAACGCAAAAGAAUUUGUUUUCCAGGCUGUAUGGAUUGUAUGGUGAAGGCUUAUCAUGCUUGUUAAAAAGUUCCACCAUAAAGUCAUACAUCGUGAAGUUUCCCUAUGAUCCAAAUUGUUCGAUUGAUACAGAUGAAAAUACUCUUUUCUCGGCUGAAGAUUUCGAUUUAGAGGUGUACGAUAAUAUCUGGACUGUACAAAACAAACAGCUGUAUUUACGUAUCCCAUCUCUUGUACUGUUCCACAUGUUGGAGUUCCUGUGCUACAGACACACUGACAUUCUGAGUUCUCAAAAAGCUUUGGAAGACCUACAUGUACUAGUCCACCAAGGGCAAAUGAUACAUGAAGAGAGUAGAGACAUCUCAUGGCAGAUUCUUGGAAUCUGUCAGCAAAUCUCAGAGAACUAUCAAGCUGCUUUGUAUGCGUAUCUACAGUCUCUUACAGUAGAUCCAUGUAACAGCAUUCAAACUGCCACACUAGUAAGGAUAUUGAUUGCAAUAGCCGCGAGUCAAUAA